AUGGCAUCAUCCAAGGUUUUGUGUAGGUUGUCGUCUCGGUUACAGACACUUGCUCACAACAACUUCGCUAAACCCUCUCUUUCUCUUCAUCCUAAUCCUCUUUUUCUCUCUUCGCGCCGCCUUUCUCGCACUCUCCGGUUACCGGUGGAGUUGGGAAGCUUGGAAUCAAUGAUGCCGUUUCAUAGCGCGGUGGCUUCAGCUCGAUUAGUGUCAAGCUUGCCUGUUGAGUCUAUGGGUUGGGGCUUAGUUCCUCAAGGUAUUUCCAUGCCUUUAUGA